GAUGGGCGAGGAACGUCCCAGGAAGCUGUCCUUCAUCGAUUGUUCGAUGGACCAGAUCGGAACGGCCAUCACCUCCGAAUGGACGGAUUGGAAGUUCAAUGGUCAGUUCUGGUCCACCAUCCUCACAGGGGAACCGCCUAUGGAGUUCCGCCUCAUCGGCAACAGGACCUUGGAGUUCUGGAUUCGCUGUUACAACAGGUGGCAAGACUUGGGGAGAAAGAGCAAGUCGAAGGCUCCCGGCAAGGUCGACGGCCUCGAAUUGGAGAUGAUCCUGAACUUCCCAAGACAUCGACUAAAGGACAUUUGUAAGCUUUUUGAUCCGGCAGGUUACAAGCGCUUGGAGUCCGAGGGGAUCUCUGGACCUGCGCUGGCCAGGAUGAAAGUCUCCAUGGUGAGCCUUUUCACCGCGGGAGUGUUGCUCUCGCAGCUCAUUGCUCCGAAGGACAAGCUGCGCUUCAUCUUCGGCUUGGCGGAUCAUGAUGACAGCCGGACGCUGGACGAGAUGCAGUUCGUGAACUUCAUCACCGCCUUUGUGCGGGGGUUAGGCUCAGCCUUUGGGCUGAUGAGCAAGGAGUCCAUGAUGCCGUCCCUGGAGGUCAUCCGUGAGCUGGGACGGCGGCUCUACGACCGGAUCUCGGCCAAGGCAGCGGAGCGGCUGAUGUCCAUGUCGCAGAGCAGCGAAGUGACCCGAGACAUGCUCAUCAAGGCCAUCAAGGAGCGGCAAGCGAAGCUGGAGAGGGCCCAGAGUUUAGAGGUGGACGAGGUCAACGGUCUCCCGAAAUAUGGCGAGAAUGUGCCCUUGCGGCAAGUCAUCAACUACAAGGUCGUCGAGGCCUGGUGCUUCCGGGAGUUCAAGGACCCUCUGGCCUUGCCUUAUGCUCUGGCCAUCGAGCGCUUCUGUGCGCGCGGCAGCGGCGCGGAUUUGUACCACCUCAAAUCAGAGGAGUGGUUCCUCUCACACAGCGAGGUCGUGGAGGUUCCUCAAGAGGAGUUGGAGACCUCGCGCGAGGUGAAGCUGCCCGACCGGUGGCAGGUGCUCUUCGUCCGGGAUGUCUACGAGCUCUGUGUCGAGGAGGGCAGCUUCCAGCUGACUUUCUCCGAGACGGAGUACGGUCUCCGGCGGCCCUUGACGUUGGAGCUGUGGGAGUUGGUGGCGGAAGCCAUGCAUAAGACCAUGGACGAUGUUCGAGGGCAGCCGACCUUCAUCCAGUUCCUGAAGAAGGCCUUCCCGGGCGCCAAAGCGAAGCACCUCUCCACCUUCGAGUCCUGGUGUCAACAGUACGACGACCUUCAGAAGCGAGGCCAUGAGAUGGACCUCCUCACGGAGGCUGCCGAGCUCUUCGCCAAGAAGAGCAGGAUGCCCGUCCUGCCGGCCGACGACCAGGCUCGCCUGGAACGGGAGUUCGAGCAGAUGGACGUGGAGGGCACCGGCUUCGUGGAGGUGGCGGCCAUCGAGCGGCACUGGGGCUGGGACGACGAGCAGACGCGGAACAUCAUCGCCAAGUGCCCGGGGCGAAAGGGAACCGCGCUCCGACCGAAAGGGUUGAACCCUGCGACCGAUGAGACCCGAGACCCAUGA